UGCGUUGUUUGUUGCGCGAAAUUUGCAGAAAGUUUUGUUGUUAAUUUUACCACAAAUAUUUCAAAUUAAAUACGAUAAUUUGUCAAACAUAUUCAAUUUCUUGAACCAAUUGGGCAAUUAAACUAAUUAUUCGUAAUAAAAGCUCUUUUGGAAGCAAUGAAACCGAAGCGCACUUCAACGGGAGAAGUCCAAAUUUGCCGCACCUGUAUGGUCGGCAAUGCGGAUGCUUUUGUGAAGCUCUCAUCCAGCCUAGAGGAGGACGCUCCCAUUGCGGAUGUGAUCGGUGAAUUGACCGCCAUUCACAUGGAUCUGGAAACGGGCCUGCCGGACCGGAUUUGCCAGGAUUGUGUGCUAGAGCUGAAGCAGUUUGUGGCGUUCAUCAAAAAGGUGCGCCAUUCGGACCGAACAUUGCGUCUGCAGUUGAAAUCGGGCCUUGGUCUGAAACCGGCUGAAGCUACCGGGUUAACCAGGUCGGAAGACAUAAAGCAGCAGCCGAUCGUUCUCAAGGAAGAAUCGGUCCAAGUGGAAGACACAGAGAUACAGAUUCUGGAGGAAGAAUAUCUGGACUACGAAGAUGACGUCACUUGGAAGGAGGAGGAACCCGACGAGGACGAACAGGAGCUUCAGUUCGACGUGAUAAUCGAUGGCGAAGACGAGGAAGCUGAAUCGGACGCAGAGUUCAUUGGAUUUGACAAUGAUUCCAGCAACAACGAAUCAAAAGUUUUGGUGCAAACCAAAAAGCGAAAACGAAGGACAAAAGAACAAAUUGAGCGGGACAAUAAGUACGAAAUGGAGGAACUGGAAAACGAUGAAUUGGACGAAGUCGAGCUUGAAACAUUCCGAGUUGUUGAGAGAACGGCUGACGAAUUUAUUUGUUGUGGAUGCUUACAUGUUUUUCCGACCGAGGAAGAGUUGAAGGAGCACAGUGCUGUUCACGCAUUCAAGCAACGGAGUAAUUCGUCAAAACCUAACGUUUGUUAUACAUGCUAUCGAAGGUAUACCAAUGUGAAUGGUCUGCAACUGCACAUGAAACAAACUGAAGCUAUGAAAAUUUACGAAUGCAUCCGCUGCAACCAACGGAUUAUAAAUCCUAAAUCUCGUCGUCAUCAUGCCCACAAUCAUCCGCAGCGGGAAGUUCUGCAAUCAUCGGUACUGGCACCAAUUCGCUUACAGCCAGACUAUCGGCGAGGUAAAAUUUGCUGCGCCCAGGCUUGCGGUUUGGCGUUUUCGACCGAUGAAGAUCUGCUGGAACAUGCCCAUAGUGCUCACAGAAUGAAUAAGUUUAAACUGGAACUCCCGGAAAAUCAAGAUAAACCAUUUGUCUGUCCUGUUUGUUUCAAAUGCUUCUCAAAUCCAGAAUCGCUUCGUAUGCAUCAAAAGCGCAAAUACAAAAGCAACAAGCUACAGUGCACCAUUUGUGGGCUCAAAUUCGUCACCUCAGUUGCACUGGCUACGCAUGAAACCAAACAUCAGCCCGAAAAAGCCUUCAAGUGUCCGGACUGCCCCAAAGCGUUUGCAACCAAGGCGUUAUUGAAGGCACAUUCCGUUGCCCACCGGGUCGAAAAACCUUACGUUUGCAGCGUUUGCGGGGCUGACUUCCAGCGUAAGGGUUCGCUGAUAAAUCACGAGCGAUUGCAUUCGGACCAGACAGCAUUCCAGUGUCAGUACUGUCCGAAAGCUUUCAAAAUUAAGUAUCGACUAGAGCUCCAUACCCGAAGCCAUACCGGCGAAAGGCCGUAUCAGUGCAGAUAUUGCGAAAAAUCUUUCGCCGACCAUAGCAAUCGGCAGCGUCACGAAAUGGGCCAUACGGGAAUCAAACCGUACAAGUGCAGGUUCUGUGAAAAAACCUUCAUCACCAAACGCUUACAGGCAGAACAUGAAGCCUCGAAUCAUGGUAAAUGUCCUCCAUCGCCGAAAGGAGAAAGUCAAACUCAUCAUCAUCAAACAAACACGACCGUUAGCGUGGACGUUUACGAAUGCAGUGUAUGCGCUACACCUUUUACGAACCUGAAAAGUGUCCAAAAGCACAUGGAACAUCACCACAUGGAAGAGGAAGGCGAAUCCGAGUAGGAAGAAACAAUUCCUGGUUUCCGAAAGACUCAUCUUGAGUUUCUUUCCUACUAAAUAGGUAAAGCGUUUUCUCAGUUUUUCAUACUUCGUUCAAUAAAGUAUUGCAAAACAGAUUUUCCCUUUUUUCAUGUGUAUUCAUUUUGCUCCAGGAGUAGGUACUUCUUCUGUUAAUUUUAAAAGCUUAAAAGAGUGAAAAUUUUGUUAAAAUAGCAAAAUUUGUGUAAAAAAUAAUAAAAGUAAAUUAAUAAUAAUAAUAAA